AUGUUAGCUUUUAGCAACACUUCUAAUUGGCCCAUUUUUUCCUUCAUUGGCAUUCCUGGUCUGGAGGCUGCACACAUGUGGAUUUCCAUCCCCUUCUGUCUGCUGUACCUGGUAGCCCUUGCGGGUAAUGUUCUUCUCCUCGUUCUCGUUAAAGCAGAACAGAAACUCCAUGAGCCCCAGUUCUAUUUUUUGGCCAUGCUGGCCCUCACUGACAUAGGGCUUUCAUUGUCAACAAUGCCUAGUGUCUUGGCUGUCUUCUGGUUUGAUAUCCACCACAUUGGUCUGGAUGCAUGCCUGACCCAAAUGUUCUUCAUUCAUACCCUCUCCUCUGUAGAAUCAGGUGUGUUGGUAGCCAUGGCUUUUGACCGUUUGGUGGCUAUAAGUGCUCCUCUAAACUACACCAGGAUCCUGACCCACUAUACUGUUGCCUGCUUUAGUGGAGCUGCCCUCAUACGAGGUGCCACUCUACUGGCUCCUCUGCCUUUUUUUCUCAGGGCCUUUCCUUUCUGUGGAGCCAAUGUCCUGUCACACUCUUACUGCUACUACUCAGAUAUGGUGCACCUGGCCUGUGGGGAUGUCACUUUCAUCAGUGUGUAUGGAUUGCUCUGUGUACUCUGCACAUUUGCAGUAGAUGUCCUCUUCAUUCUUGUUUCAUACAUGAAAAUCUUGGGCACCAUUAUGAAAUUAGGGAUUCAAGAUAGGAACUGGAAAUCAUUGCAAACCUGUGCCUGUCACCUAUGCACAGUGCUUGUGUUUUACUUGCCCCUCAUCAGUCUUGCAGUGCUGCAUCGUUACACCCAGGAAACUUCCCCAGUUUUGUACACUACCAUGAGCAAUGCUUAUCUCCUCAUGACACCACUGCUAAACCCUCUCGUCUACAGUCUCAAGUCAAGGCAGAUCCAAGCCGCACUGCACAAGCGAUUUUGGAUGCAACGUGUUGUUGCUGGAGAAUGA